AUGGGCUCCAAUGUUAUCUUUGUCUGUAUCAGUAGGGGACAAUCUUAUUGCGAGUCCAGGGUAUGUGUACACAGAUCUCGGCAGCUGGACAAUGAUCCUGUGCCAAAUCCAUGUGAACCAAACCCAUGCAAUAACGGUGGCAUAUGCACUGAAUCAACGGCUGAUACAUUUAGUUGUGAUUGUGAUCCGGCUUGGACAGGAGACAGAUGUGACGAUCCUGUGCCAAAUCCCUGUGAACCAAACCCAUGCAAUAACGCUGGGAGUUGCACUGAAUUAACGGCUGCUACAUUUAGUUGUGAUUGUGAUCCGGCUUGGACAGGAGACAUAUGUGACGAUCCUGUGCCAAAUCCCUGUGAACCAAACCCAUGCAAUAACGCUGGGAGUUGCACUGAAUUAACGGUUGAUAUAUUUAGUUGUGAUUGUGAUCCGGCUUGGACAGGAGACAGAUGUGAUGAAUUAAUAUCUGAAUGUUCACUUGGUGGAGGAACAUGUUUCAAGCUUGCUAGUUGCGGUGGACCCCAUAGCACUGGCGGCUGCAGUCAUAGUUUAAAUGAUUCAUAUGGCAGGGAUGGGGUGUGGCCUGGAUACUACGUACAUAAUGGUGUUCAAUACCCCUGGUCGAUGUCAAUACAGUUUGAUGCAAAUUCAAUAACCGGAGGAGGAUCUGAUAGUGUUGGCACAUUUACCAUAAACGGAUCUUGGGAUCCAUUGUCGAAGGAUAUAAAUUUUGUGAAAGCUUAUACUUCUCAUACUGUAUCUUACACUGGUCAAGUUACAGCUGACGUGUGUACAAUGUAUGGUCAGUAUCAAGUAGGAAGUACGACUGGGGCUUUUAACAUGACAAUUUGUACUUGA